ACAGCCUUCCGAGCACAAACAAAACAAAGCACGCCUGUCAGCGGUAGUUUACUUUAAAUUAAAGUCUUUAGCCGAAAAAUAGCUGGCUUGUAUUCUUAUUUACAGCUGCAAAAUGCUAGAACAGCGUUACCAGUGUGUCAAUCAUCACUUAAUGCCGGAGCGUCUUGUUAUAUCUUAAAUUGUUGUUCAGACUCGGCUCAGAGCACAAAGAUAAUAGCAAAGUUAUGCUGCUCGUUCAAUCGGCAAGAAAGGAAUCACAUGGAUACCACAUUAGCAAUGAGGAUUGCGUCACAAUCCGGUACGAGGGAGUAACGUUAGUAGGUGUGUUUGGUGAUGAGACUGAGAGAGUGACAGUGAAUGAUGGAGGUUCUGUGACUCUACACACUAAUCUUACUGAACUACAGAGUAAAGAUGUGAUAAUGUGGAGGUUUAAAGGCAGACGCAUAGCUAAAAUCAACAGAGAGUUCAGGAGUGAUCCAGUUUAUGACCAUGAUGUGAGAUUUACUGACAGACUGAAGAUGAACCCUCAGACUGGAGAUCUGACCAUCACAAACAUCACAUCUGAACUCACUGGACAUUAUCAACUAGUGAUCGACCGCAAAAAGCCCAUUACAAAGUCAUUCAGUGUCAGUUUGUCUCCUGAAGUGAAGAUAGUGAAAGAGAGAGAUUCUGUCACUCUACACAUUGAUGUUACUGAUGAACAGAGAAAUGACCAGAUACACUGGAAGAUCAAACACAACAAGUCUCCUGUAGCUGAAAUCAUUACAGUGAAUGGAACGAUCUCAACACAUUUGAUUGAAGAGAGAUUCAGAGACAGACUGAAGCUGGAUGAUCAGACUGGAUCUCUCACCAUCACACACAUGAAGAAUGAAGACUCUGGACCGUAUGAAGCAGACGUCACCAUCGGCAGCAUCACACACACUAUACACAAGACAUUCAGUGUCACUGACUCAGGUCUGUCUCCAGGUGUGAUAGCAGGAAUAUGUGUUUCUCUUCUCCUCCUGGUUAUUGCUGCUGUUGUUGGUGUUGUGAUCUACCGUCGCCGCAAAAUGAGACAUGAAGGUUGCCGGUUCGAUCCUCAGGGCCGGCGGGUAACGACUGAGGUGUCCUUGAGCAAGGCACCUUACCCCUACUUGCUCCCCGGGCGCUGCAGUGAUAGCUGCCCACUGCUCCGGGGGUUCCAAGACACUAAAGAUGGACCAUUUGAGGUAUUGAGAUUCCAUUUGAAUAUGUGUGUGUGUAUUUUGAGACUCUCUUGGCAGCGCUGUCCCUCCCACUAGAGUUGUCAUCCUGUUUAGCCAAUCAGAUUUAACCUUACCAUUCAACCAAUCAUAAACACGGAGAGCAUUUCGCUCCAUAUUAACGCAGAUCUCUUGCUCUCUUGACAUGGCCAAACCUCAACGCGAUGGCAGAAGAUGAGUUGGUCAAAGCUGAAGCGCUCACUGCUCUUCUGGGAGUCACCGUGAAACUGCAGUCAGAGGUUUUAGAUUCAGACGAAGCUGUUAAAUUGGACGUUAAAGAUCUGCCGAUGAUGGCUCUUCUUGGUGAAGACACCUGGAAAAAAGAAAACACAAGCUGUUCUCUGAGAAAAGUAUUAUAUGUGAUUCCAGAUUAAUUCUUCAACCCAAAGUAUGACUUUGACUUCACUCACAAGUCUGACUCUGAUUCUGACUGCACGCGCGGGGAAGAGCCGUAUGCGCGUCCGUACGGGUGGAAGCGUUUCGCACUGAAGGUUCGCGAUAAGUACCCGGAUGGGAACGCUUGGCUGGGAACACGUGGAUGCAGGAACAACUCUGCUCCUGGUGAGUGGCCGGUGUCCUACCAUGGAACCGUUUUGGAAGGAGCUGAGGGCAUAGUCAAAACCCACUACAAGGCCGGCAAAGCUAAAGUUUACGGAAGAGGAAUUUAUUCAACUCCAGACAUAGAAGUGGCAGACAGUUACGCUCGAAGUAACGCUCUAAUAAACGCUCGAAGUAACGCUCUAACAAAGCAAUUUACAUCUAAAAGAAAUAGCAAGACUUACGAAGUCAUCAUGCAGAAUAGAAUCAACCCCGAGAAGCGGACGAUCACCAAUAAGAAGGACUAUUGGUUGGUUUCCAUCCCUGAGGGGACAUCUGCUGAGAAAGAGAAAGAAAUAGUGGAGAGCUCCAUCCGCCCUUAUGGACUUCUGCUUAAAGAGGUGUUGAAGGGCAAUUAAAAAAUGAAGCAUUUCAAUCAAAUAUAAGCUGUUCGGGGAUACAUACAUUUUUAUGACUUGACUUAAAAGAAUUUUGAGAUAUUUUCUGUCAUUUUUAUCUUUUCAUUGAUUCGCUGUUUGUUUAUUAUGUUUAAAGAUGUGUAGUCAAAAGUAGCCUUAAGUCUGUUCUUUAAAAUGUGUGUGUAGCCUGCUUAAACAUGACGACUACAAUGAAACAUUUGUCAUAAACAUCCGUUUUAGCCUCCAAAGGGUCACCAGUAAUUAACAAUAGGCCUAUGUUGAAAUUAAAGUCAUCUAUGUAAUGUAAAUACAUUCACAAUUUAAAAUAGGCCUACAGAAACAGCAGUAGGGCUAACAUGGUGGUUUUUCUAUUACAGUAUUACGUUUUUUAUUAUUGAUUAAGUUUUCUAUUACAGUAUUGACUUUUUCUAUUUACUGAUUGAGUUUUUAUAUGAAACAAUGCAUUUAAACUAGUUAUAGGUCUCACACACUAUGACACAGAAAAGGCUAUGAGUCUCAUAGCAAAAAGACCAUGAUCUCAUGGGUCAAAGGUUACAGGCCAGGUUGAACAUCAAGCAGUACCAUGAGGCAUCUGCAUCGCACGCAAACGUAAAAGGUUUCGCCACAGUUAAAAGUUGACGUAAGAAGCUGAAUAUUUAACUGUGGAAAGUCAAAAGAGGAUGGACUAACAAAAUAAGGGGUGUCAUGUACCUGAUUGGGAGAAGGUGAUGUCAGGUAAAACAUGAUUGGGUUAAACUGAUUACAACUUGAGAACAGUGUAUAAAAGAUGGAGUCAGAAGUGUAUUUGUUGGGCAUCUACAGAAGAACUCUGUGUGUCUCACUUUGAUUGGUCGAGCAAAUAAAGUUUAAACUCUUGGCAUCUGGAA